UUAACCUUUACCAUAACAACGGGUUGUCUUCUGGUUAACCACUACUGCUUGACUACAAACAUUUCUAAGAAACAAACGCAUCAGAUGCCUCUCUGCAGCAUUCAUCCGAUUUAUUAUGCGAAUGAGAAAAAUAAUGCAAUUCAUUCUUCUCAUGACUAAGCUCCUCGCGCGAAAUGAUCGGAAUGCAUGACGCUUGGCCUUGCGCGUGAACCUGUUCCUGAGCGCGUGGACCGUAAGGACAGGUGGUUUUAAAAGCAACAUCAGUCAGUCUCGCUUUCGAGGUAGGCUUAAACGUGACAGAGCGUUAAAGUGCCCGUAGUUGCGAUGUUUCUGUGUUCUACGUCCGAGGAAUCUCCGCUGUAAACACAAUACAGGUAAGAACACAGCUCUGACCAUCAAGUUGGCGAGUUCUUUCCUGGCCACAUGGGGCUUUUGUUUACUGCAGUUGGUGCACAGCUGAGUGUGUUGUACACCAGUUCUAAAACUCCUGCCAUCCAAUCAGCUUCAUCCUGCUGCGCAGGCGUCACUUCCUUCCCAAUGGAUACUGCAGUCAAUCUGUGUAUUCAGUAAAGUGUGUGUCUCUCCGCAGUGGUCCUAUCCGGGAUCCCCACUGCUAAAAUCCCACCUCCCAGCUGACCCACCCAUCCCCCCUUCCCUCACACACCCGUGCCACAUGAGGCCCUGCAGUGUGACUCAGUCAGUGGACAAACUUACACCACUCUGAGAGUCUGGCCCUGGCUUUCCCCAGCUGCACGCCUCAUUUUUUCCAGCGCAAGAGACUCCAAGUGUUCGUUUUUCCCAUUCUAUAAAGGCAUUCCUGCUAUGGCGAAUUCGCUGAGGGCAACUGUAAGAUUAAUGGCAAAGGACGAGAUCAGUGAGGAGAAGGAAGGAACUAAAGAAAUGGAGGACACCCUGGAAGAGCCCGCAGAAGAGGAAGAGAAUGAAGAAGAGAGAAAGGCACGGGCCGCAGCAGAGGAGACAGCGGCCAAAGAGAGAGCCGCUCAGAGGCAGCUCAUGACUAUAGAGGAGCUGGUGCAGACUGAGAGGAACUACCUGAAACAUUUGCAGCUCUGUACAGUCACCAUCAACAGCAACCUGCAGAAACUCCAGCCUCCUCCACCGAACCUAGAGAACAUGUUCCAGCACGUUGAAGAAGUGAUGGAUGUUUCCAGCAGACUCUUGAGCCUCUUAGACCAGGCACAGAUGCAUCACAGCGACACGAAAUACCUGCAAAUUCUCUGUGACUCUUUCCUUAGUCUGUCUCAAGAUAUAGAGAUGGCCUAUAAGGAAUAUCUUGCCAACUACAACAACAUCACUGCUCUAGAGAACAGCUACAAACAGAAAGAGGCCCUGUGGUUAGAAAUGAUCCGAAUCAUCAAGUCAUCUGCUCCUGACGUGAAUGCGUCCACUCUGAGUUUCUUCCUGGUGAUGCCGGUUCAGAGAAUCGCCCGUUACCCCCUGCUGCUCCAGACCAUCCAGAAACACACAGACCCCCGACACCCAGCCUACCUCAUCCUGGAGCACACCGCUCACACUGCGGUCCAGAUCAAUUGCAGGAUCAAUGAAUACAAACGCUUCCGUGAAGUGGCUGACAAGUACAAGAAGACCGAGAACCUGACCAUCAAGGACAAGAUUAAUCGACUCAGUGGCCACAGCAUUGCCAAGAAGACGGCCCGGUUUAGCCAGUACAUAAAGCAUGAGACAGGAAUGGUGCCAAAGCUAAAGGAUGAAGAAUAUGAUGCUCUUGCUGGCUUCUUCUUUGUCCUGGAGAGAGGCGUCUCAGAGCUUCAUGAUAACAUGGAGGCUUAUCUCCAACAUCUACAGAGGUUCCUCAGCUGCAGACCAGAGGAAGCUGAUCUUGAUCUGGAAGGGGAGAAAACUGCCUUGUUCUCUAAAGAAAUCACAGUAGCACUCAGACAGUGGAUUUACCCCUCAUAUGAGAGUCGUUUGAAGACACUAGUCUUUAAGCCCUUGAGCUCACUGCAAGAGCUGAUGGCUGGACCACGAAACCUCAUCCGCAAACGUCAAGACAAGCUCCUGGACUAUGAGCUAAUCGAGGAGAAGAGUAACCUGACUUUUGAGGAGCAAGCCGUAGCCAACACCUACAAGACCAUCAACACUCUGCUGCUGACCGAGCUGCCGCAGUUCAACGGGAAAGCCCUUCAGCUCCUGUGGGCCACGCUAGAGGCCUUCAGCUGCCUGCAGAGAGACCUGGCGGCAGAUAUGGAGCAGCUCGCCACCAGCUUUACCCAUCAGCUCCCACACACUUAUUUGGAAGCUGGUGAGUUCUGGAAGUGGGCAGAGACUUCGGUGCUGGAGGGUUCGAGGAGGAUGGAGAGCCUGUGUCAGAGUGUUCAAGAUGAGCUCAAUGCUCCCAUUGUGCAGCCGCCCAGUCCCGCGUGUGAGCAGCGUCUCAAGGCUCUGAACGCUAAGCAUAGCUCGGAGAAGAUCUACCAGCUGACAGGCCCUGUGGUGGGCACCCGUGACCUUGACCUGACCCUCAGUAAGGGAGAGCUGGUAGCUGUCGUCAGUGAGAUGGACACGAGAGGAGACCGUCGCCGCUGGCUGGUUGAUGCAGGAGGCCCGAGGGGAUAUGUGCCUGCUUCAAAACUGACACGCUACCACCAGCUGACUGUUGACCCUCCGCAGUCUCCACAUCUGAACGUUGUGCCCACCGGUCCAGGACCCCGAAGACACUCCUACACACCCGGAGCCCAGCCGCUCCUAAACAACGUGUCCACACCCUGUUUUCAGGUGUACGCGGGCUAUGACUUCACCGCGAGGAGCAGUCGGGAGAUUUCUCUGAGGGCUGGUGAGCCGGUGCGGGUGGUAGAGCCUCACGAUAAGCGCGGAAACAAGGAAUGGAGUCUGGUGGAGACGCGUGGCCAAAGAGGCUACGUCCCCUCCAACUACCUUGCCAUCCUCCCCUCUGUGAUCGCCUCACCCACCUUCCCUUAUCGCUAGCUGUGCAUAAUAUCCAUGACUAAACAUCAUCUGCUGCUGCUAAGAGUCUGCUAGCCAGUAUCCAAACACACACAGACCACGAGAAGCACUUUCCCUUUAGGGCUCAGUGAGGGGGCGGAUGGCUGCUGUUUGAUGCGUCAUUUGACUGGUGUAUGUACUGGAGUGGUGCUUGAGCCCUGCUGUGGAGUGGUCGUCCAUAUACUUGAUCUGCGCUUUGCCAAGGCCUGUUACUGGUGGAGAUAGUUUUAUCCAAUGAGAGAAAAGCUGCAGGGACAUGCAGAGACAUGCUGUGGUAGCGCACAGCUACUGGUGGAGUGUGCUGUUUCCUAGACUUACCGCUUGGAUCAACACCUCAGCCGCCUGUCAAAUGAUGCUUUGGGCUGCCCUGGUACUAAUUUGUCUGCUUUACUGUCUUACUAUUGAAGAAACUGAGAGUAUGGAUCUUAUUUUUAUGAGUCAAUCCUCUUUUGCACUGGUUUUUCCAGCUUACUUGAGAUGAAUAACGUCUGCAUUUUUAAAGACCAGAAUAUUCUUACAAAAUUAGUGUUUUUGUACCAUUUUAGGAAUACUUGAUGGGAAGUUUUAUUGUUAUUUAAAUGUAUACAGUGGAUCUAAAAAGUAUUUGGACACUAAGAACACAAAUUCCUAUAAAAUAAUGCAUGUCAUUAAUGCAUAGAUAACAAAAUAUCAAUCCAACUGAUAUAUGGUUCAAUAUUAAGGCAAAAAAAAAAGUGGUCGACUGAUAAUUGCGUUUUUAAAAAAAAAUAUUUGCAACAGCUGAAGAGUUGUCUGUUUGCCUGAUUAAUGUUGGCAGACUUUUAUUUUGACAGUGAUGAGAAGGCCUUAGGAUCUCCUGUUCUCCAAAUUGGAUGCGAAAAGGAGAAUUCUGUUGUCACUGGAAACACGUGAACGACAAAUUUUUAAGUUCUUUAUUUCAAACUAUGCUGUGCUAUAUAUAAAAUUAGCGUCGGCAGGUCUUUUUUUAAGAAAAUAUGAUUCCCAGUACGCACAGAUUUGCCAGAUUACUGAGUUUACAUUUUGCGUCCUUUUUGUGAAAAAUACUAUAAUAUGAAUACAGAAACUAGAAGUUGCUAUCUAAAGUAUAAAUCUUUGCAGGUUUACUUUUAAAUUAAGUUCAGUUAUUUUUUUAAAUGGAUUGAUUUUCAAAAUACUUCCAAUUUGGCAAUUUUUACAUUAAAAAAAGUAAAAAUUUUAUUCCAAAAUGUGAUAUUCGCUCUCUUUCCAUUA